UGGGCGUCAUGAUUCUCUUCGGAAAUGCUCUUCUUCACAUGAAUUUCAAGAAUCAUGCGCUUAUUUAUUUAUAUGGUUGUGAAUCAUAGAUUCUGGUCUUGGAGCUUGGUCUAUAUUUCAUUAUUGAUUCAGUUUAGUAUGACUUUGUAUUAUGAUGAAAAUAAAAACACUUUAAUGCAUAUGAUUGCAUAUAAGAGCAAUAUUGGAAAACCAAUCGAGUUUUGGUUAUUCAUCUGAUUAUUUACUAAAAAAUAAGAAAAAUCAAAAAUUAAAUUAAAAAAAAAAUGUUUACAACUUUCCUCAUAUCACUGAUACCUACUACGACAAGUAAUCCUCUUUCAAAUUCCAAAAACAAACAUUCAUUGAUGUUAAAACCAUUGACAAUUCUAUGGUUUAUAAUACCAUCGUUGAUUAUAAUUGCUUCUUCAUCAUCGGCAGCCUUAUCAAGAAUGAAUAGCGAAGUGAUCACUAGUAAUAGUGGAAUUGGCGUUUCAGACAUGUUACUUAUAUCGAAUCUAUCUUGUUAUGUAUGCACUACAAUCGAUGAUAUUAAUUGCAAAUAUCUAAAUGAAACAAUUAACCGUCUUCAUCGACAACAACAACAGGAAAUGGGUGGCAACACUGGUAGUGGUGAACAUUCUAUGAUUGGAUACGAUAAUGAUCAAUCCGGAUAUUCAAACCAUGACCAUCAUCAUAAUCCAAAUCAUGAUCAUUAUACCCUUGAAUCUAUACUAUCGGCAGAUAGUAGUAGCUAUGAUUUAUUAGCAACAGCUUCAUCAUCAAGCGAAGAUCAAAGUUUAUUACCGACAAAUAAUGGCGGUCAUAUGGAUCCAAAUUUAAUGAAUGAAUUUCGUGCCGAUUGUUCACCGAGCGAACAAUAUUGUGUGGUCAUACGAUUAGGCGUUAGUGCACCAGACAAUGUACAAGAGUUUAAUUUUUUUGCCUUAAAACGUGGUUGUGCUGAACAAUGUACGGAUGGUUGUUUUAUCAUUGGUAAUGGUGAAAAAACUAAGCUAAGCAUAUGUGCUAGUUGCUGUCGAAGUAAUUAUUGUAAUCUAGGCAAUUCAGCCACAGCAUUUAACCAUCAUCAUACUGGUCAAUGGUUUUUGACCAUAAUCAUUAUAUCAUUACUAUUGUUGAUGAUUCGAAUCAUUUGA